GUUUCAAAUCGAAAAUACGAAAAAAAGCAAGCGACACGCAGUAAAAAUCUUGCCUUUUUUUCUUAACCUGGAAGAUUAAUCAGACCCAGAAAGAGAGACAGAGAAAAAAGAGUUGUAUUAACAAUUCCUUAAACAAAAGCUUGGACCUUUUACAAUUAUUCAGAGAGAGAGAGAGAGAUUUUUAAUGGUGUGGUUGACGAAUCAACAGAUCUUGAGAUGGAAAAGGAAAAGAAUUUUGGUGGGAUCGUUCCUGUGUUGGCUAAUCCUUAUGUUCAUCACUCCCAAGGUUCCUCUCAAUUCCUUACGCCAUCAUGUCUUCGCCGAUAAACGCAAUUUCAUGGGAGUGCCAAAUACAUUGAAUGUCAUGACCAACUUUCCAUUUCUUAUUAUUGGUGUUCUUGGUUUCGUUCUUUGCAUUGGAGGAAGCUUCUUCAAUAUAAGUUUGAAAGGUGAGAUCUGGGGAUGGACACUGUUCUACGGAGGCAUUGCAAGCUUGGCCUUUGGUUCUGCUUACUAUCAUCUCAAACCUGAUGACAACCGAAUCGUCUGGGAAACUUUGCCUAUAUUGAUUGCGUAUUCGUCGCUUUUCUCUAGUUUUUUGGUUGAGAGAGCGGGGGAGAAAGUGGGACUGAGUUGCCUCGUCUUGCUUGUGUUCAUAUCAUUUCUCAGCGUUGCUUACGCCAGAGUGUUUAAUGAUCUCCGGUUAUGCAUGACGUUCCAGUUGAUUCCUUGCCUGGCGAUUCCGGUCAUGACCGUUUUGUUACCUCCCAAAUAUACUCACUCUAGAUUCUGGCUCUGGGCAACAGCGGCUUACGCUGUUGCCAAGAUUGAAGGACUUGCAGACAACAAAAUAUACAAUGCGAAUCGAUAUAUCAUCAGUGGGCAUUCACUUGGACAUUUGUGUUCAGCCGUGGCUGUGCUUUUACUCACCCUUAUGCUUUUGUACCGAAGCAUUCGGUUUCAGAGAUUAGGUGACCUCAAAGGCCAUCCUUGACAUCCAUUAAUGACUCCUUCCCUCAAGCUUUUUUUUUCUUUUGUAAUUCAAAUGAUGUUUCUGUAUUUUUACAGCAGAUUUUGUACGAUUACUAAGUAGAUUUUGUUGGGUUACUCAUAAGGGCAUGAAUAGCAUUAUUCAAAAAUUCUGAGACUAGUAA